UCCUGAUCCGCGGAUCCUACGAUCACCAGCCAAAAACGCGCUUUGGUAGGGAACCCCCCCUGGUGGAAUGAAUGUCCUCAUCGAGAUCUUGCAUCCGUUAGCCCCGAGACCAAAGCAACAAGGGUAACGGAUGGUAGGCUGAUAUUCCUUAGUAACCCUCAACGCUAGCUAUCACACUGCCGGGAUCCCCUUCAAAUGGAGAAGAAAAAAAAUCACAACUUGUGGAUGGAGUCGACUGUUUCUUGUAUGCCCUGUGGCCAUGGUUUCUCUGGAGACUAUCCACGUUAAUAAGCCCCUACAGAAUAGCAACGCCAAAAACACUACAUCAACCCGCGGCGGCACGCCGGCUUAAAGAGGGUUGUUACGUGUCACGCCGCAGCCCCAUAAUUGUUGAACAGUGACAUCUUCGGCUGCCUGCCUCACUGCUCUACGACCCGAUUCCUGUCUGAGCUUCGAUUCUGGCACCGUGCGCCCUUAGCUGGGUUUAAGAGCACAUCUAUUGCAGCAUCAACAACUGCGUCAUUGCAUCUCCUGAUUGCGAACCCCUGGACCCCGUCAACGCUCGGAUGCGCGUACCGCCCUGCUUGUUGAUAGAUAGAUAGCCUUACCACAAUGACGUCUUGCUCGGAGCCAGAACCAGGACUCCAAGGCUUGCAUUUUGACAAGCCAAUUCCCCGCCCGCCAAAGUCGCCCUCCAAGACCAGCGAUAUUCGUUCUCGCAACCGUCGCCGGGAGUAUAUUGAGAGGAACCCCAAGUAUUUUAACAAUGCCGAACACGAGCUUGCAGAUACUCUUCUUUACGAUUCCUUGAUUCGGAAGUUUCAGACACCUGCCGAGCGAGAGGCCGACGGUAAGGCCAAAGGCUACUCGGGCGUUCUGGAAAGCUCUCUCCUGCGAGGCGAGGCCCGUCUUGCUGAUCUCAAGUCAUCAACUGAGGCGGCCUCGGCCCCGGGACACGCCAAAGACUUCACGACUGAGGCAGAUCUGUCCAAGACCGAAACCAAGGAAGAUGGGCUCCAGAGAUGGCAAGAGUUCCUAACCGAACGUUUUGUUCGCGGUCAUGACGAAGAUUUCGAUUACAGCCUGGUCGAUCACAAUGAAGACUACGACACCAUGGAGAGGCGCGAUGCCGAAGAGGCAUGGUUUGACGAGGAAGACCCUAAUUGGGCCAGCGAUGCCGACAAACAAGUCGAGACCAAACAGGGCGAGACCGGCGUGCAGGACUUUUGAUCAGCUUCAGUCACGCAACCCGGAUUAUCUUCAUCCACCCCUCUGGCCUCAUGAUGUUUCAAAGUUCUUUCGCCACUAAGAAAUGUAAAACCAUCGUUGUCACCGAGACUGAAGGCAGAUACGGGUUUCGUCGACGAGCUGGACCGGACUUCUGGUAUUCCGGCUAAUGUCGAACUGCGUUAGAGCUGCCGCUUGGUGCAACCCAAGAAAGGGCGCAGAGAGUGACGAAAAAUAAAGUAUUGGUUGCUGGCGAUGACUUUGUUUGUCCGUAUUCGUUCGGAGCGAUAAUGGCAUAACAACUUCUUCAUUUCCGCAUGAGACCACUGUUCCGUUAGGCACAGCAGCGUCGUUGCUCGCCCCAUCAAGAUGCUGGGUACCUGGUUCGGUUGUGACCAUGCAUGACCGCGCAUUU